AUGAUUAGUGAUAAAUACAUAGUGAUACCAGAAAAGAUUAGAAAAUCGCACAGAGAGGUAUUCCAAGCCCAGAAAGAGAAGCAUAUCUUUGGAUUCCUCCGGAAGUUUCUGAAAUGGCUUGAGGACGAUAACAAGUCGUACAACAAAAUGGUUCUCUUUGAAAAUCCACUCAAAAUGAAUGACAAUGCACGAUACAACAAGGAAUUCAACCAGUUGAUCCAUGAUUUCCUACAGAAUGUCAUCUACAAGGAUUAUUCUGACAAGAAGCAAGGAAAGAGGUUCAAAGGAGAAGCACAUACAUUUAUUGGCGUAGGCUACGAGUUUGGGAUGUUCACACUGCCCAAGAAUGCACAAAAAGCCUACGAAAACUACAACGUUGCUGCUCAGCUCAGCAAUGCAAUGGGAACGUUCAAGCUGGCCCAAUGUUUUGAAAAGGGGAGUGGUGUGUCACAGUCGAAUGAGACUGCACUUAGUUUCUACAGGUGCGCUGCCAAACUGGGUCUCGUGGAUGCAUUACACACGUAUGGGAUGAUCACAUAUCAUGGAUUUGUUGGAUCACCUAAGGACCAGAAUACAGGCUAUUACUACAUGAAGGUUGCAGCUAAAAAGGCAGAUAAGUUGUGUCCGUAUCCACUGUAUGAUCUGGGACUCUUCUACGAAUCAGGUGGAAAUGAAUGUGGCGUAAGCGAAGACUUCGUUUAUGCUCUUGAGAAUUUUGAAAGGGGCGCCCAGCUUGGAGAUCCAAAUUGCAAGUUCAAACUGGCACAGGCCUAUGAAUUUGGAGACUUGAAACUAAAAAAGAACAAAAGCAAAUCAUUGGAACUCUACAAGUCAGCGGCAGAGAGUGGAUCUGUGGAAGCACAGUUCUACAUCAGCGAAUGCUACUUGUCAGGCAAAACUAAACAACUGAACAGAAACUACUUCAAGAGCUACAAGUGGGCCAUACAGGGAGCAAUUAAGGGGCAUCCAAGUUGUGCUUACAAGUGUGGGGAAUCAGCAAUGACUGGAACAGGAACUGAUGCCAAUGUCCUUGACGCGUUAUUCUGGUACGAAAUUGCCAAGGUGUUUGGCCACGGAGACGCAGAUCAGAAGAUCAAGGAACUCAAUUACAAAAUCAACAAGGAGAAUGUGGGACCUGAAUGGCCAGAGCCAUGCUGUUGCUGCCUAUUUGGAGGUUAA